AUGUUUUAUCCACAAUUGGUUAUAGCAAUUGUUCUUUUGACAACACACUCAGCUUUGUCGGAAUCGUAUAGAGAGAUUGUCGCUGCUUGUUACAAAGAAGCCGGAUUGACUGGUGAUCCUGAUACAUUGAAUUUCAAUGAUCCUGAUUUUUCGAAAGAAACCAAGUGUGCUGUGGCUUGCACAUUAGAAAAACAGGGAGUGCUCAAGCCAGAUGGGUCCAUUGACAGGAAGAUGGAAAAGGAGAUACCAGAGGAAGUAGUAAAAGACGAAAAAUUGAAGAAUAAAUACCUACAGGCAAUCGAGGAAUGCCACAAUGUAUCUGCUAAGGAGGAUAGAUGUGAAAUAGCAUUCUUGUAUAUGAAAUGCUUGUAUAAUAGUUUAUUGUGA